AUGGCGGGAGGUGGAUUUGUUUCUCAAGGUGGUGGAGCGCACCAUGAAGGAAAUGUAAAUACUUUUGUUAUUAUCACUUGUUUGGUUGCCGCGAUGGGCGGUCUCAUCUUUGGAUAUGAUCUUGGAAUUUCUGGAGGGGUGACUUCAAUGGAACAUUUCCUCAAGCAGUUUUUUCCAUCAGUUUAUGAACAACAAGCCAAGGCAGCUGGAGGGAACCAAUACUGCAAGUUUGAUAGCCAGUUACUCACAUUAUUCACAUCUUCACUAUACUUAGCAGCACUAGCUGCUUCUUUCCUUGCUUCAGUAGUAACCAGGGCAUUUGGAAGGAAAAUGUCAAUGCUCACUGGAGGUUCAGUGUUUUUGGUGGGUUCGAUCUUAAAUGGUGCUGCCGUCAACGUUGAAAUGCUAAUCAUCGGUCGUUUGUUACUUGGUGUUGGUGUUGGCUUUGCCAAUCAGUCUGUUCCAGUUUAUCUAUCAGAAAUGGCACCACCAAAGAUUCGAGGAGCCCUGAAUAUCGGUUUCCAAAUGGCCAUUACCAUAGGUAUUCUGGUUGCAAAUCUUGUUAACUAUGGAACGGCUCAAAUUAAAAAUGGUUGGGGUUGGAGGCUUUCUUUAGCUCUUGCAGCAGUACCAGCAAUAAUGAUGACUGUUGGAGCAUUCUUUCUACCUGACACUCCUAACUCAAUCCUCGAGCGAGGCGACAUGGAGAAGGCAAGGAAGAUGUUGAAAAAAAUUCGAGGGUUGGAUAAUGUUGACGCUGAAUUUCAAGAACUCGUCGAUGCAUGUGAGUCUGCAAAGAAAGUGCAACAUCCAUGGAAGAACAUCAUGCAACCAAGAUACAGGCCUCAACUUGUCAUUUGCAGUGUCAUCCCAUUCUUCCAACAGCUUACAGGAAUCAAUGUGAUUACAUUUUAUGCUCCUGUUCUCUAUAAAACUCUAGGUUUUGGUGACAGUGCUUCACUUAUGUCUGCCGUUAUAUCCGGUGCCGUUAACGUCCUUGCUACAAUCGUAUCUAUUGUUACAGUUGACAAGUUUGGUCGUAAAUUUUUGUUCAUGGAAGGAGGCGCCCAAAUGUUCAUCUCCCAGAUAGCGGUGGGAAGCAUGAUAUGGAAGAACUUUGGAGUCAAUGGUGAAGGAUCAAUGUCAGGAGGUAUUGACGCAGACAUCCUACUGGCUCUAAUCUGUGUAUAUGUGGCAGGAUUUGCAUGGUCUUGGGGCCCACUGGGUUGGUUGGUACCAAGUGAAAUCUGCCCGCUAGAGAUCCGAUCAGCUGGACAAGCUAUAAAUGUGUCGGUGAACAUGUUCUGGACAUUCGUCAUUGGUCAAUUGUUCCUCUCGAUGCUUUGCCACAUGAAGUUCGGUCUCUUCUAUUUCUUUGCAGGGUUUGUGGCGCUUAUGACCAUUUUCAUUUACUGGUUUUUGCCUGAGACCAAGAAUGUCCCAAUUGAGGAAAUGAACAGCGUAUGGAGGGCACAUUGGUUUUGGGGGAAGUUCAUUCCAGAAGAUGCAGUGAUUGGCCAUCAUGUUAGUAUGGAGCCGUAUGGCAAAGGUGUCUGA